AUAAGUAAAUUUAUUUACUUAUUUGAACAAAAUUUAAAUGCUAACUUUUUCAAACAAAGCAAUACUGACGUCACAAUCAGCAGACUUCUGGUAGCUACAUGAAUUUUACAGCACUAUUGUGGUGCUGCCAACGUUUGCACCAACGAAAUAACACAAUUUUUGACCUGAUAAAUUGCGGGAGUUGCCACAUUUCAGAGAAAUGCUUCAAUCGCGAUUCAAAUCUGGCAACCCGCUAAUUCUUUCAGUUUCAGUUGAAUUUUUGUCGUGGUUGGUUCGUUUGUCGCUGCGCGCGCGUCAAAUAUGUAAUUAAACUGAAAUCAAAAUUACAAGUAUAAUUGAUAAUAAUAUUCAAGACGCCGAACACACGCAAAAGUAUAACAAAAAAUAUCUAAACACAAAUAUAUAUGUUAAUCGUAAAUAUAAUUUGAUUAAAAGUUAAAUAACGGCAAAUUAAACACACCCCCCACUGCAGUUCCCCUCGCACCGCAUCGCCGUGCUUCUCUGUCUCUUCUAUUUAUGCAAAUUGUGUAAAUGCAUAUGUGAGAGUGUGUGUGCGGCGGUUUAUCGUCGUCGGAGCGAAGAGCGAAGCGUACGCGCGCGGUUGUCGCUGUGUGUGUGUACGCGUAUACGUGUGUGAGAGAGUGUAUGUUGUGUGUGUGGGCGAUUGUGUUUAUGUGGAAAACGCAUUAAUUACACAAAUACAAAUGCAAAUACAGCAACAACAAGAAAUGUAAAUACAAAUAACAAAUACAAUCAAAUACAAACAAAAACAAUACCAAAGUGAAUUAAAUUAUAAAAAAUAUAUAUAUAAUAAAUAUUUGACUCCCGGAUCGUGAAUAAUAAGAAAAACAAAUCGAACUACAACAAAAAGGAAUUUUCUUGGAGAAAUAUGCUGAAAUUUCGAAUAAAGCAUCAAACGGAUUGGAAUUAACCGACGAUCAGCAGAUGGAAGCAUUCGCUUCAAUGGUCUCUCAACGCAAUUGCCCCCCAAUACUAAAAUAAAUGAAAAAGUAAAAAAAAAAAGAAAAUAAUUCGAAUCGAUGUAUCGAAUCGAUUGAUUGAAUCGAUCGCCGUGUGUUUUCACUGUGAGGCAAAAAAAGAAAAAAGCAAAAAGUAAAUGCAAAAAAGGAAAAAAGCAAAGCAAGCAAAAAUGCAAUGAAAAAUUAAGAAAUCAAGAGAUCUAGUGCAAAUUGAAAGUAUCUCGAAAAAUGUGCGAGUGAACCGAGAGAAAGAGAAAAAGAAAAGAGAGAGAGAGUUAAAUCUUGAAAGCGGGAUAUUCAAUCAAUGGGAGGAGCGCGCCCAUUUAAAAUUAUGCGCCUCCACAACGACGGCAUACGGGAAAUGCUCAAUAGAUCGUGAGUUAUCGAAACAUGGUACGCGACAGCAGCCGUAACAUUUGUUUUGGAAAAUUAGCCGAAACUACGCAGCAGCAACAACAACAAAUAGCCGUGGAUAGUAGCAGCAGCAACAACAACAAUAACAACAACACUAACAAUAACCAUAGCCAGAAACUACUACGCGAUACUUUGAAAAGGUCUACAGAAGAACCACCGACAAACAGCUUCGAAAGGAACUACUACGAUCGCAGCCGUCUAGUUUACCAACAAGCCACCAGCAACGCAGUCGCCGCAGCAGCAGCAGCAACUGUCACCAGCAGCAGUAACAACAAUAGCAACAGCAGCGAAAGAUCGCGCGCUCGAGAUCGCUUGUAUAGGAAUGGUUCAGCAGCAGCAGCCACUACAGCAGCAGCAGCAGUUGGUGCGUCAGCGACAAGCAGCAGCAGCAACACGACGACAACGACGACGACAGCGGCAACAGCAUCAGCAGCUGGUGCAGCAGGAGCUGGCGGUGCACUGUCAACAGCAGCGACAACAACGCCACAGCAGCAGCAGCAAGCCUCUCCAGGGCAGCAGCAGCAGCACAACAACAACAUUAACCAAAACACACGCGUACCGCAGUCAUGGUACGAUUCUGCUGCUGCGACGACAGCGCAUCUGAAAAGUCCUGGUGGCAGUGGCAAUGCCGGCGUCUCAGCAGCUGGCGGCAUAAUAAUGAGCAGCUCACCGAUCAAUCAUCAUCCGCAUUCGCAUCCACAUCAUCAUCACUACAACACAUCCGCCUCGUACACAACAGCAACCGCAGCAGUUGCAACAUCACCCGCCCACUCGCAAUCGCCGCAUACGCACACCACGAUCGCGGCGGUGGCAGCGGCUGCGGCGGCAGCAGCAGCGGCAUCAGCAUCCUCAAGCACCACCACAACAACAACCGCCAUGCAUCGCAGUGUUGCGUAUGCGGGCAGUGCUACGGAUGAAACAUCGUUACGCAAAAUCCACCUGCAACACAACAACAAUAAUAACAACAACAACAGUAGUAGUAGCAGCAACAGCAGCAGCAGUAGAAACGUUGCUGGCGUCAGUAAACUGAAUAAGCUGCUCAAAUCGGCCACAGGACGCAGUGGCUCCGAGUCGCCGGGUGGCGGCCCAGGAAGCGGUGGCGGAAGUAGUGUUGCACAGGCAGCGGCGGUAGCAGCAGCAGCAGCGACGACGACAAGUACAAUCACAAACAAUAGUUUUAGUAGUAAUAGUUUAAAUAAUACAAUAAACACGGCCACUCCAACGAUGCCAAUUGCUGCAACAGCAGCAGCAACAGCUUCAAGUGGCAACAACAGCAACAGCGGAGUAGGAGGAGCAAGUGGUGGCGGAGUUAGCGGAAGCGGCGACAUUUUAAAUGUGGCCGCCGCCUUGGCAGCAGCCGUCGAUAAUGGGAAUGCGACGCCGCAAAUGGUCGGCGGUGGUGGUCGAGCGCCGCGUCAUCAUUUACAUGGCCGGAGCACCACAUCGUCGAGUCGCUCCCAUUCGCGUUCGCCGAGCAGUUACAGCAGCUCGCACAGCUCAUCGUCGGCGUCGUCGCACUCAUCGUCGCAUUCGCACGCGUCCAGCCCGAUUUCGGGCAAUUGUGCUGAUGUUGUCGUUGGCGGCGGUGUCGCUGGUGCUGGAGGUAGCAGUGGAGGCGCUGGCGGUGGUGUAUCCACCUCAUCGCGCAGCUCACGCAGCCUGCAGUCCUGCGUAGCAGUUACCAGCAACUCUUCAAAUCCCAGUGGCAAUGUCGGCGGUGGCUGCGGUUCGAGCAGCAGCAGCAGUAGUAGCUCGAGCAGCAGUAGCAGCAGCGGCUGCUUGACCGCUAAUCCGGUGGUGCAUUCCGAAGAUAAUCGACCGCUGGCGAUACGAGUACGCAACCUGCCCGCACGUUCCUCGGACACAUCCCUUAAGGAUGGUCUCUUUCACGAGUACAAAAAGCACGGCAAGGUCACGUGGGUGAAGGUCGUGGGUCAGAACUCGGAACGCUAUGCGCUCGUCUGUUUUAAGAAACCGGACGAUGUGGAAAAAGCGCUCGAGGUCUCACACGACAAACAUUUCUUUGGCUGUAAAAUCGAAGUGGAACCCUAUCAGGGCUACGAUGUCGAGGACAAUGAGUUUCGGCCAUAUGAAGCUGAGCUCGAUGAAUAUCAUCCGAAAUCGACGCGUACGCUCUUCAUUGGCAACCUGGAGAAGGACAUUACGGCCAGCGAGCUGCGCGUGCACUUUGAGAGCUUUGGCGAGAUCAUUGAGAUCGACAUCAAGAAGCAAGGACUCAACGCGUAUGCCUUUUGUCAGUAUUCCGAUAUUGUGUCCGUGGUGAAGGCCAUGCGUAAAAUGGAUGGCGAACAUUUGGGUAGCAAUCGGAUUAAGCUUGGCUUUGGCAAAUCAAUGCCCACGAAUUGCGUCUGGAUUGAUGGCGUUGGCGAAAAGGUAUCCGAAUCAUUUCUGCAAUCGCAGUUCACACGCUUCGGCACAGUGACCAAAGUGAGCAUCGAUCGUAGUCGCCAGUUGGCACUGGUGUUGUACGAUCAGGUGCAGAAUGCGCAGGCUGCGGUCAAGGAUAUGCGUGGCACGAUCAUGCGUGGUCGCAAGCUGCAAGUGGACUUUGCCUCGCGCGAAUGCCAGGAUGCCUUCUAUGACAAGCAGGAGAAGCAACAGCAGCAGCAGCAACAACAGCAGCAGCAACAACAGCCGCAACAACAGCAGCCGCAACAGCAGCAACAACAACAGACGGCUCAGCAACCAAAUGCGGGCAACUCCUCAACGUCAUCGACAUCCGCGUCACGCUUUAAUCGCUAUGAAUCGUCACAGUCACGUUCGCGCGCGUCCUCCUUUAGCCGGCAUCAGAACUCCAAUGAUGGCUGCUCACCCGGCAGCAGCACACCAGGGAGUAGCAGCGGAGCUGGCAGUACUACUGGCAACAACAACGGCAACAGUGGCACACCCGUGAACAACAGCAGCGGCAGCAGCUCGUCCAGCAACGCGAUGCCCGCGCCAAGCAUUGCCUCGGCAAUUGUGAGCAACAGUGGAUCGACGUCGACAACGCUGCCAUCGGUGGUGGGACAGAGUUCGAUGCCUAUGUCGCCGGCUGCAAUGGUGCAGGCAAGGAUGCGCAUGGCUCGCAAUGCACGACACACCAUCGACUUUGACUUUAACGAUGUGGGUCGACGUUUUCGCAACUUUGACGAGUACUCGGGCAACAACAGCAGCAGUGGCGGCAACAAUAGCAACAACAGUCAGGCACAGGACGAUGAUGCUGGCAGCAUGGGAUUGCGUUCCGAUUCACCAGUGAUAGCACGUCUAGGACCGGCCGUUAAUUGCAGCAACAGCAACAGUGAAACGCUCGAGGUGACGCUGAACAACAGCGGAAAUGGUAACAGCAGCAACAGUCGGCGACGUUGUGGUAAGACAUCUGUAGAUUUGCGCCAUCAUGUGCACAAUCAACGUUUCCAAUUGCCAGAACAACAACUCGAGGAAUGCCCGUCCAGUGGUGAUGAGGGCGUGGUCAGUCCGCGCAAACGCAUCAAAAUGGAUUACCAUCAUCAUCAUCAUUCCAAUGCCAGUGCGUCGCAGCUGAUGGAUACGAGCAACGAUUCAUCGUCCUCUGGCCACGGUAACAAGCCGAAUCCGCUGUCCAACUGUGAUGUCAUACACGAUCCGUUGAAUCGCAAAAGCGAAAUCCGACGCGUCUCCGAGGCGGGCAAAUUUGCAGCGGUGGCGCCGCCGCCGACACAGCAUCACAACAUGAUGAUUAAUUGUCGCCGGCCCUCCAUCGAUGUGGGCGCUUUGUCAGCGCUGUCCAAUUCAUCGGCAUUUCGCCACGGUCUGGUUGGAGCGAGCAGUAUGGAUCAGCAGCAUCUGAUGAAUGCAUCGCUGGCGGCGAAGCGACGUCGUGUCACUGGCUCACUGCAGCAGCUGCAACAGUUGCAGCAACCGCUGCAGUCUCAAUCGAACUCCACAGCCACCGCCACCUCGAACAGCAGCAGCAGUGGUGCUCUGACGCCCACACUGGCCGCACCCACGCCCAACGAUGACUAUCAUCAUCAUGCGUCGCGGGGACGCGGCCAUCAGCUACAUUCCCAUCACUCUCACGAGGCCAGCGGUGGCGAGAGCGCCGAUGGUUCACGUCCUGGCACGCCGCUGUGCGAUGAGCGACCCGAGGUGCUGCCCACAGAACCGCGUCGUCUGCCUCCUCCCAGGGAGCGGGCGCGAGAGCGAGUGCGCGACAUCAUGUGGCUGCCGUUGCCCAAAUUUGGUGUGCUGUUCUUUCAACAACAGCGGAAUGCUUUGGGCAACGCUGGCAGCGGCAGCUUGACUAGCGGCGUCUGUAGUUAUCUGCAACAGCUGACGACGACGGUCAAUUUGCUAAACACCACCAACAACAGCAGCAGCAGCAACAACAACAAUAACAACUCUAGUCUAAGUGCAGGCGCCGCUACAAUGAGCGGCUCAGCGACUGCAUCCAGUUCGGCGUUUCUGCCCAGCCCCUCCUCUCGCUACUGGCGCUCCAAUCAUCAUCAUCACCACCACCACCAACAGCAGCAGCAACAACACCACCAGCCUCAGCAGCAGCAACAACAGCAAUCGCUGUCGGUUGGUCUCAUGCAAAGUCCUGCGCGUCCACGCUCCCUCAGCUCCAACUCAAGUGACUCGGAUGUGCCUGGCGGUCAGACAGGCGGCAGUCCGUCGCUCGAUGAGCGACUGCGCAACUUUGAGGAGAACUACGAACGCUGGUCCGGUGGCAGCAGCAGCAACAACACAAAUCCCGGCCAUGGCCACAGUCAUAGUCAUGGUCACGGUCACAGCCAUGGUCACAGCCACAGCAGCAGCAGUCAAUCGAACACGCCGUCGUGGCAACUCUCGAUGCACACGACUAACCUCAGUGGCUUGAGCUCGGCGCAUCAGACGGGCUCAGGGAAUAGCAACAGUUCCAGCGGCACUGUGUCCAGUUCGACAAGCAAUUCCCGUCACAAGUUCCUCGACAUUGAUGAGCUGCAGCCGUCGGACAUUGUCAAGUCACUGCUGGCCAAGAAAUCCGUGUUCGACGAUGACUUCCAGCGACUGAAGAAGAAUCAAUGGUACGAGCCUGCAACGACAGACUUUGGCAGUGGUUCCGCCAUCGCUGGUAGUGCACGGCAUGGUCUCUGCAGUGGCAACACUUCGCCUGCAUUGCCCAAUUUGGCGGCCACCAAGACGACGCCCAUCAUUGGCAACUGCAACAGCAGCAAUGCAAGUGGCAGUGGCAGCAGCAGCAGCUGCAAGACGACCGGCCUAUUGCAACGCCUGAGUAGCUUGUCGCCAAUGAACUCGCCCCAGGCAUCGAUGUCGCCCUACAACAGUCCGUCGCCAUCGCCCAGUGUGGUUAAUGCCGCUGCGGCCAGCAAUCUUGGCCAACUGGCCAAGUCAAGUGUUGUUGGUACUAGCGUUACAGCGACAACAACAGCAGUACCGACAGCGGCUGCCACAGUUGCCGCCACAUCGGGCAGCAGUGCCGGAGCCACCAAAGGUCUGCAAUAUCCAUUUCCCUCACACCCGCCAUUGCCAAACACGGCAGCGCCGCCGCCAGCGGUGCAGCCAGCACCACCACCGCCCCCAGAGGUGCCCAAGACGAAGCCACCAGCAUCAACGGGCAAUCCGCAGCAGCAACAACAGCAGCAGCAUCUUAAUAAGAGCCUCAGCGUGCCAGCUAGCGCUGCAGUCGAGCCACGUACGCUGCAGAAGUCGGCUUCAGUGCCCGGCAGCACCAACGUGGGCACCACAGGCAGCAGCAAUACCACAAGCAGCAGUGGCAGCUCUACCUCCUCCAACGGUAACAGUUCCUCAGCAACAACCACACACGUACAAAAGCAACCGCCAAACAACUCAAUGGAUGAUAUGGAGACCAAAGCUGGCAGCAAAAGUGCCACCAACUCGACAUCUUCCACAUCCUCAUCGAAAAAGAGCAGCAGCGACAAGUCGCAUGGCAGCAGCAGCAAGCACAACAAUCGCUCCGAUGCAGACAAAAAGUCCUCCAAAAAGUGCUCGUCAUCAUCCUCAAGUUCCAGCUCCGAUAAACGCAAAAACUCCGUCACGUCACAGUCUUCUAAGUCGGCGACGCCAAAAGUGGAAGAUGAUUCCAGCGAGUCGGACGAUCCAGUUGAGAAAAUCGACAAAGAACAGCAGCGUCAGGAGCGGGAAAAGGAAAAGGCGCAACACAAGGAAAGACAAGAACGUGAAAAGCGCGAAAAGGAACAGCGCAAACAACAGGAGCGCGAGGAGAAGGAGCGCAAAGUACAGGAGGAGCGAGAACGCGAAGAGCGCAAGGCCAAAGAGGAAAAGGAAAAAGAGCGCGAACGAGAGCGAGAGCAGCGUGAACGCGAACGAAAAGCGCAAGAGGAACGAGAACGCGAACGAGAGCGUGAGCAAAAGGAACGAGAAGAACGAGAGCGAGAACAGCGCGAAAAGGAGCAGCAACGUGAACAGGAGGCGCGACUGGCGCGCAUGCGUGACAUGUCCGCUUAUCACAAAAACAAAUCCGAUGCCAGCUCCGAAGCGAGCAGCUUCUAUGCUCACAAUACUGCCAGCACUCCCAGCGACUGUGAACGGCAGAACAACAAGGAGAACGCCGCCACCGUUGCUUGCGAUACGACUUCAACAACGGCUGCAACUGCCGCCAAUGCUGGUGUCGAAGGCAGCAGCAACAAGGAGCGCUCUCGAAAGUCGUCGCGCAAUUCUCCUGUGCCAAUUCCACGGCUGCACAAGCGACGACUCAGCUCACAGGACAGCAAUCACAGCAGCGAUCGCACGGGCCAGAAUCAUGAGGAUUAUGUGAAGCGUAUACGCAUGGAGAACAGCAAUCAGAAUGCCAAUCAGCAGCGUCUUGGCGACCGUCGUGACUCAAAGGAGCACAAGAGCAGCAGCAGCAGCGGAGGUGGAUGCAAGGAGGAGAAAAGCAGCAGCUCCAAGUCGCAUGGCAACAGCAGCUCUAAGCAUCAUCGCCGUGAGAAGCAUCACAGCAAAGCUUCGAGUAGUGAGUUGGCCAAUGCUGAGUUGGACACAUCCGCAUCAGCUGCAAGUGCAGCUGCAUCCAAGCAGCAGCAACAGUUGCAUACGCUCAACACGAGCGAAGAGGAACAACAGCAACAAUCACAGCAGCCAUCUCAGCAGCAACAAUCAUUGCCCAAGCAGCGCGAGCAUCAUCAUCACGGCAGUUCCUCGUCGUCGCGUCAUAAGAGCAAGCGGGAUCAUCAUCAUCAUCGCGAGAAGAAACGACACUCGGUGGCCGAGUCGACAAAUACAGAUGAAGAGUCCUCUCACAAUCCCCACAGACGCAUUUCGGCAGCUGGCAGCUCUGCUGGCGAGCUGAGCUCCACGAAUACCAACAACACCUCGAGCAGCAAGCUGUUGCAACAUCAUCAUCAGCAACAACAGCAGCAGCAGUCGCAACAGCAUCAUCACCAUCAUCGUCGCAGCGUUGAGCGCAAAUCCUCUCGGGGAUCUGACGAGACUUCCACGCAUCCACGCAAAAUGAUGCUCAGCUCGGCAGACUCGGAUGACACCGAUGAUGCCUCCAAGAAGCAUUCCAUCUUUGACAUACCUGACGACUGUCCCAACGUGUCCAUGUACGACAAAGUGAAGGCUCGCAGCUGCAAGAACAUGCAACGCCAGGCCGAAGAGAAGAAGAUCAAGGCGAAGUUCUCGCAGCUGAAGCAGUCGCGUGCCAAGAAGAAGCGUUCCACUAGCUAUGAUGGCGACAGUGACACCGAGUUUGAGGAUCGUCAUCAUCAUCGCAAUAGCGGCAGCAGCAGCUUCCAUGGGCGCAAUCACGGCCUAAGCAGCAGCGACGAUGGCAACGAGGAUGACGAAGGUUACCGCAAGUUGCCGCACAGUCGUAUCUUCUCCGAUUCGGAUGCCGAAGUGGAUGCUAAGACAGCAGCAUUCAAUGCGAAACGCAUGCGCCAACAGAUGCAACACCUGAGAAAUUUGUGUGAUGGCGACGACAGCUCCGAGGAUGAAAUACGUCGCAAUGUCCUCAGCCAUUCCAUCAAAAGGAAUUGCCACUCAACACGCAUUGCCUCCGACUCAGAAUCGCAAUCGCUGCCAGCUCCCGAGAUGAUUGCCAAUGCUAACAGCAGCAGCAUUAAGCAGGAGCCGGAAAUCAAGCAGGAGCAACUAUCGGACACUGAGCUACCCAAGUUUGCCAAGCUGCGACACGAUUCGCACUCUUCCAACGAGGAACGCAAGAUUAAAACCGAGUUGAAGAAGGAAUUCAAGUACUUCAAUGCCAGCUACUCAAACUACGUUGAUAGCGAUGCCGCUGCCAAACUCAAGGAGUAUUCACCGGAGACCCGCAAGAAGCAUAAGAAGAGCAAGAAGCGUCUCAAGACCUCAACCGAUGCAGUGUCGACUGUGGCGGCUUCCAGUGCCGGCGGCAGCAGCAGCAUCUUCGAUGUAUCCGACUGUAAACCCAACAAAUUCGACAGUUUCGAUGAGCUCAAGACAGACCAACAGCAGAUGCAGCAGCCACAGCAACAGCAACAACAUGUUGUGAUGGCUGCCACGUUGGAGGCAGUGACAACACCAAAUGCUGCCAGCGAGCGACGCAAGCACAAGGAGCGCAAAGAAAAGAAGCGCGAGAAGCUACGCAAUCUUAGCGAAACCAAUGCAAGUGGCUCAGUGGAGCAGCUGAGCGAAAAACUCUCCAAGGAAGAGCGUCAUCGGCUGAAGAAGUCGAAGAAAUCCAAGAGCCUGGACACCUCAUCAAGGAUGUAUAAUGCCAAUACAUCGAAUGCCUCACCGCCAACGCCCACGUUGAGCACGCCCGCUCGGGAGCCAACGAAGCGUAGCAGCGAAGAUAAGAUGGAGGACAUCUUUGGCAUCAUCUCUGACGAGGAGGAGGAAGAGGAGGAGUCUCAGCUAACAGACGAGCAGCAAGACACGGCGGCCAAAGUACAGCUGUCCACCACAGGACCUAUGGUCUCGGCUGCCCUGCAAACCUACAAGCAAGAACCUCCGCUUAGUCAGCUUAGCAGCAACAAGGAGCCAACACAGCAGCUGCAAUCGCAACAGCAAUCUCACCAGCAACAGCAGCAGCAACAACAACAGCAGCAAGAAGACUUGGAGCUGGAGCGCAGUGAGCGAGAGCGACAUCGCAAGGAGAAGCGCGAGAAGAAGCGCCGUGAGAAAUCUGCACGCGAGCAGCAGCAACAACAACAACAACAGCAGCAACAACAACAGCAGCAGCAGCAACAAGCUGCCAGUAAGCUGGAUGACGACAACAGUGUCGAUAUGGAUGAGGCAGGACGUGCACUGGAGGCACAGCUGAUGGAUGACUUUGACACCCAGAAGCUGCCCGAGGAUGCUACGCCCUCAACAGCAACCACAUAUCGCAGCGACAUGACGGACGUGUUCCGCUUCUCCGACAACGAGGAUAAUAACUCCGUUGAGCAACAACAGCAACCACAUCAGCCACCGUUGCCGCCAACCGACAAGCUCGAGUCCAAGGAGACAACAUCUACGGUGGCGCACAAGAGUCGGGAUAAGAAGAAAAAGAAGAAGCGCUCCAAGGAAGAAAAGCAGGAGAAACUCGACAAGCAGCAGCAGCAACAAUUGCAGUUGCGCCGCGAGUCUGUCUGUCCAACAGCAUCCACAACGGCUGCCGCCUCCUCUUCGGUGACUUCGCUAACCAUCAAUGUGCAGGCAGCCAGCAAGCAUGCCGGGGAACAGCUCGAGAAGGAGUCGAAACGCAGCUCGCCGGUCUGUAAGCCAUCGCCUAGCCUGCCGUGCCUGCUUGGCGAUGACGAUGAGGAGCCUAUCUUGGUGCCUGUGAUUAAACCCUCGGCUAGCUCCAGCCUGUCAGACAAGCAUCGCUUGUCGGAUGCGUUGUCGCCAACUCGCGAGAAGCCACGUCUAAUCAGUCCCAUACCUAAGACGCCAACAAUUGGCCAGGGUAACAGCUCCAUGCUGUCCACACAAUCUGCAGAAACCCCCGUAAGCAGUACUGUUGCUCCACUGGUAACCACGCCCACAUCCUCCACAUCCGCAGCAGCGGCCGAGGCAAAGGCGGCGCAGGAGAACACCUCACCAACCAGUGCUGGAUUGAACAAAAAGAAGGAGAUCUUCAUACCUGGAUUUGAUGGUCAACUCGAUGACAAGAUCAGUGAGUCAGCCGUGCAAUCAAUAUCGGCGGAGUUCAACAACGCGCUCUUGGAUGCACUGGCAGAUGAGCCUAAGAUUCCGGUGGCCUCUCCACCUGGUGCCAUCAAGUCUAUGGACAAGAUGGAGGACAGCAAGUCGCGUGUAACCAUCUCGCAGGAGGAGACUGAGAGCGCCGUCUCUGCAUUGUUGGGUGAAAGCUUUGGAACCUCAUCCACGGCAGAUUACUCGCUUGACGGCAUGGAUGAUAUGACCGCAGCCGUCACGGAAGUGGUUGUCGCCGAGCCCGAUGAGGAGGCAGCUCUCGCAGCCAAAGCAAUUGAAUCGGCAGUCGAAGAAGUCGUCAACGAACCCGAGCCAGAACCUGAGCCUGAACCCGAACCAGAGCCAGUUGUGGUCUCGGUAGGCGUGGUACUUGAUGCUGAGGAGGUUAACAAGGCGGUGCAAAGUCUGCGCAACGAAGACAUGGACAUCAAAGCGGAUACACCGCAGUCCGAAAGGGAUCUACAAAUCGAUACGGACACUGAGGAAAAUCCCGACGAAGCCGAUAGCAGUGGACCUAGUCUUAAGAUUGAUGAAACUGCCACACAGCACAGCAGCGGCUCUUCGGAGAAAUCUUCGCCAAUGGCAAGCAACAAGUCGAUUGACUCAGUCCCAGCACAGACACCAGCAUCGCCUCAACCGUCGGUCAUCACCAAGUUGCCAAUUGCAGCAGCAACACCAGCUCCUGCUCCAACGGUGUUGAAUACCUCGGCAAAGCAACCACUGAAAAUCGAGCCACCAACUAUCAGCAAGCUCCAGCAGCCGUUGGUGCAGCCCGUGCAGACGGUGCUCCCAGUGCCUGGCACACCAACAGCAACGACAACAAUUGCUACCGUUGCUGCGGUGCCAACUGCAGGCAGACCGACGACGCCAGUCAUCAAUUUGGACCUGUCGAAUGUGAUGGCCAACUGCUCGACGACAACCAGCAACAACAGCUCUGCCUCGAUAUCGUUUGGCAGUCCGACAACCACACAGAAGAUCAUGCCUCAGGCAUCGACACCCAAGCAAGCGCCGGCCCCAGCACAACAGCAACCGUUGCAUCAGUUGCCGCCACAGCGCACGCAGUCGUUGAUCAUGCAACCGCCAACCAUAUCGAUACCGGAGCAGGCGCCGCACUUUGUGGUGCCACACUUGAUAUUAUCGCCGCAUCAACAGCAGCAGCAACAACAACACCAGCAGCAGCAACAUCAAGCUCAACAGGUUGCUCCAGGUGGCGCAUCCUUUAUGGUGGGUAUGCGAGCGCCGUCGCCGCAUAGUCCGUUGUUGUCCCCGGGACGUGGUACGCCUAAUCGCCAACUCAGCCCAACAGUCAGAGCUGUGGUACCAGCACAGCAACAACCUCAGCUGCAGCAACAACAGCAUCCGUUGUUGACAUCGCCCACAGGCAACAUGAGCCCAUUGCCCAGUCCCACAUCACGCGGCGUUGCAUCGACAACAACAACGUCACCCACAACAGCUGGAAAGUUGCCAACACCCAACAGCUACAUGCCUCGGGCUGCUCUACCACCACAGCAACAACAGCAACAAGCCUCACACAGCAUGCCAAAGUCUGUUAUUGAGCUGCAAUCGAGUUCAGUUGCUCCACAAGGACCACAAUUGCUGCCGAUGCCGCUGCCAUUGCAGAAGAUGCCGCCAUUGCCGGUGUCGCAUCAUCCGACCAUCAUCAGCAAGGUGGUCACCGUGCAGCCGCAGCAGGCGACGCAAUCGCAGGUUGCCAGCUCGCCGCCAAUGGGCAGUUUGCCGCCACACAAGAAUCUGCAUGUGAAUGCGCAGCAGCAACAACAUCAUCAACAACAGCAGCAGCAUUCGCCGCAAAUAAUGCCGAAGAUGACAGCACAUCAGCAACAACAGCAGCAGCAGCAACAUGCGCCACAAGUGCAAAAGUAUAUACAGCAUCAGCAGGUUGUAGAUCGCAAACCUGCACAGCGACAGCAGCAACAACAACAGCAACAGCAGCAUAACAUGCAACAGUUGCAGCUGCAGAUGCCACAUACUCAGCACUUGCCACAGCAAAUGCAGCAUCCACCUUUGUCACCUGGCGGACUGACUCAUCCAAUGCAGCAGCAGACGCAGCACUUGAUGCAGCAACAACAGCAGCAGCAACAAAUGCAGCAGCUACAACAACAGCAGGCGCAACAGCAGCAACAUCAACUGCAUAUACAGAAACUGCAGCGACAACAACAGCAGCCUCUUACGCAUCUCACGCCACCUCCUCCCAUGUUUGCGCAACAGCAGCCACAACAGCAGCAACAUCAACAGCUACCACGCAACAUGCAACAGCAGCUGAGCUCGCCAGGCAGCAAUGUUACAGCGCACAGUUCACACAGUCCACAGGCACAGCAGCAACAACAACAGCCGCCUCAUCCCUCGACCAUACUGGUGCGUGCUUCCACACAACAGCAGCAACCACAGCAACACUUGCAGCAACAGCAACAACAAUCGCUCAAUGUUAUACAGAGCGCGCCACCAGCGCAAAAGAUUAUUGUGCAGCAGCAAAUUGUUCCCGCACCAACGGCAGCCAUUCACUAUCCACCACCCAAGGAGGCGACAAACGUUGUCGAGACACCAGUCGUGUUGCCGGUGAAGACCUCAGAGAGCGUAUCUGUGAUACGCACGCCAACGCCAACCAUCAGCUUGGCCAGCUCACCGCAGGCCUCGAAGGCAGCUGGAGCAGCGGCAGCAGCAGCAGUAGCUGCAACAUCGCUGCUGACGGAGGAGAAUGUGAUCAAGAUAUCGCAGCCGAAGCAGGAUGAGCUCAUCGAGCAGGACUCGAAGGAGGUGGACAGCGAUUAUUGGUCUGCCAAGGAGGUGAACAUUGACAGUGUCAUCAAGAAGCUGGAUCCAGUUGCAGCAGCCGCUGCCAAGGAGGACAAGCGUGGCUCAGUGCAACAGCAACAGCAACAACCGCCAGUAUCGGCGAUUGAGGUGCAGCCCACAGCACCUGAGGCGGCAACAGCAAAUGUUAUGCCAGCAGCAUCAGCAGCAGUCAGUGAAUCCCCAACAGCAGCAGUGUCAGCUGCAGCAGCUGCGGCCGCGGCAGCCGCCUUGGCCAAUGAUCAUGAUACAGAGGAUGAGACCGAAACGCGGCAGUUGCCACUGAAGACAACGGCGACGGUUGGUCGACCUCCCAGCACACGUGGAACAGGCGCAAAACGUGGCCGACAGCCACGAGGUGGCAAGAAGCAGGCAGCUAGCUUGCCGUUGCCACAAGCAACAGAUCCAAGUGUGCUGCUUUCACCUGGUGACAAUGGAGUGCACACGCGACUGCGCAAGCCGGCAACGGUGCCCGUUACUCGUGGUCGCAAGGGACGUCCGCCACGCAAUCUUCUGCUGCAGCAGCAACAGUUGCAGCAACAGCAAAUUGCCCAACAGCAGCAGCAGCAACAACAACAACAACUUGCUCAGCAACAGCAGCAAAAGGAGCUGAUCACACCAGCAACACCCAAUGUGCUGCCUGUGCCCACAGCGGCUGAGAAGAAGGCGCGCAACCAGGCACUGACUCAGGCAAGUGGCUCCAGUCAGGACAUUUAUGAGUUCCACGACGAUGCCAACGAUGCAGAGCCCAAGGUGAAGGUGACUCCGGUUACGGUGACAGCAGCAGCAGCUGCCGAUGAUACGCGUCCGCGUCUAAUUCUCACCAUCAACAAGGUGAAGAACAGCAGCGAACUGGAACCGCAACCACAGCAGCAGCAGCAGCAAGAGCCACCACAGCCGCAACAGCCUCAGUUGGAACCCAACACAGACAGCUCAGAGUCGACGAAUACACGCAAGUCGCGACGUUUGCAGGAGAAAGAAGAUCGAAGCACUGUGGAUGACAUUAUUGAGGAUGUGGUGCGCAACACCAACACACAGCAGCAACAACUGUUGCAGCAGCAAUUGCAGCAACAGCAGCAACAACAAUUGCCCAAGGGCGCACAAACACCACCACGUCGCUCUGGUCGCAAUGCGCAGGCAAAGAAAGCAGACGCACCGCAAGCACCGAAUGCUGUGGGCAGACCAAGGCGCUCUAAAGACCGCAAAACAAUCUGUGAUCCACCAGCGAGCAUGCAAGAGGAUGUCACACCAGUGUUGCUGCCACCCCCAACAACUGCAGCAGCUGCAGCGCCAACACCGAUUGUUGUUGAGACGCCGGCCCCAUCGAUGCAGCCGCAACAGCAGCAGCAGCCUCAACAGCAGCAGCAGCCACAACAACAGAUGCCGCACGUGUUGGAGGUCAAGGAAGCAGCAGCGCCAGCACCAGCACCAGUUCCACAACCGGCACCAGCACCUGUGGAACCAACACCGCCUCCACCAGCGCCACCUGUUGUCGUCUCCAAGCCAACGCCACAGCAUCCCAAAAAGAAAGCAAUUGCAGCCGCCGAGAUCGAAUCGUAUCAGGCGAUCAACUCAUCCAUGCCGCCCAUGCAUCAGACAGCUGCUCCUGCGGCCACACAGAAGAUCACUGGCGGUGCAGCAGAUGCUGUCAGCAAGGCAUUGAUCGAUCCCGUCACUGGAGUCAUACAAGCAGGCAUGCCUCAGGGCAAGGAGGGCAAUCUGCCAGCAGCCAAUGCUGCAGCGCCUGCAAACAGUGGCAACGAUGUAGCGCCGCUGCAACAGCAGCAUCAGCAACAGCAACACCAGUUGCAACAGCAGCAACAACAGCAGCAGCACCAACUACAAAUCAGCGCCACUGUUAUAGCGCCUGCCACGCCCAUUACACCCUUGAGCAAGCCAGUGCCGUUGCAAGUGCAAGAAGCGGCAGCCACGCUGAUUAAUAAACCAGUCAGUGUGCUGGUCAAGAGCAAUGUGACUCCGACGCAACCGGCAAUGGUCAUACAGCAGCAACAGCAGCAGCAGCCACAGAUGCCGCAACAGCAACAUGUGCUGGCCAAUAAGCAACCAUUGGUAUUGCAGCAGAAUCCGUUGCCAACCGUGUUGCACCAUGCUCAGCACAGCAAUGUGCGUGGGCCGCAACCGCUGAAGGCUCAUGUACUCAAUCGCGAAAAGAAUCUCCAACAGCAGCAGCAACAACAGCAACAGCACCAACCGCUGACACCCAGCAAGCAGCAGCAGCCGCAUCCCGGACAUAUGUUGCUCACGGAUGCUGCCGGCAAUCAGCAGCUGCUGCAGCCCAACAUUAUUGCACGUCACAUGUUGGGCCAACAACAGCAGCAACAACAGCAUCUGCUGGUCAACAUACCACCACCAACAGCGCAUUCGCCGCACUCGCCCAGAAUACAACAGCAGCAGCAGCCAAAUGCAGUGCCACUGCAACAGCAGCAGCAGCAACAACAACAACAGCAGACACUGGUCAUCAAACAAGCAACAUCUUCGGCUGCACCAACACCGCACACGCAAAUACUGCAUGUGGUGAGCUCGAAGGCCUCGGUGUUGCCACCGCAACAGCAGCAGCAACAACCAGUGCCAACACAGCAGCAGCAACAGCAGCUGAGCAAGCCCAACUUCGGCUAUGCCCCGCCACCACAGCAGCCGCAACCGCAGCCACAGCAGCUCUACAAACAGCCUGUGCAACAGCAGCAGAAGAGUUCGCCACCUGUCCAGUUGCCGCCGCAUAGUUUGUUCUUGUCGCAUCCGUCGCUGUUGCUGCAACCGAAGCCAGCAGCACAUCUGCAGCCACAGCAGCAUCAGUUGACGCCAUCGCCGCCACCCGGCAAACCCAAUCCUGUGGUGCACAACCUACAGGCAGCGGGUCAAAUGCUGCCCGGCAGCGUAGGCAGUCCACCGCCCAUGAAACCCGGACAGCCGCAGCCCAAUCAAGCUGCAGUGCUGCGCACAGCGAUACCCAACAUCAGUCCGCAGGGACAGCCGCGUGUUUCGCCGCUGGUGCUGCCACCUGGCAUGCAAGGCGUGCCGCCCUUCGACGCAAGCAUGCAUGAUCUGGGCGCAUAUGUCAGCGGUCGACGUACGCAGAGUCCGCCGCCAGCGCAUCAGCAGGCAUCGCCCAUAACACCGAAUGAUACAGCGUAUCGUGGCGUGGCAGCAGCCAUGUUCUAUCAACACCACUUGAUACGUAACAGCAGCGACUACGACGACAAAAUCAUCAGCAGCAGUCCACCGCUGGAGUUGCGUCGCCCUGGCAGCGGACCACCGCGCACUAUUGCCGUGCCGCACAGCCUGCAGAGUCCACAAGAUCGCACAGCAGCCGACUCGCCGCAAAUGGCGCAAGUUUAUGUGCAUAACGCACGCAUUCCACACGCCCACUUCAGCGAUAUGGCGACACGUGGCGGCUACUACGAGAGCGCUGGCAUCCAGCUGGAGCCACCGCCAGCACAUCGUGCAGCUGCCUCGAUAAGCGUUGUAGUGCCACCGCCACCGCCAUCAGUGCCGAGUGUGAGUCCCUACAUCAGUGGCGGCGCCUCGGUGUCGGUAUCGGUGCAACCGGGACCACCACACAGUCUGCAUGCCAGCCAGGCCAAGCAACUGGAGCGUGAGCGUGAGCAGCGCGAGCGUGAGAACGAACGGCUCACCAUUGCAGCAGCAGUUGGUGAGUACUCAACUGACCAGCAGCAGCAACCAAUUGCCAUGACUUACACUCGCCCAUCCUACACAACAGCCAAGCAACAGCAGGAGCAUUUGUCUGCGUCUGUGAUGCAUGACAGCAUGCAGGAGUUGCCGCCAGCCCAGCAGCAGCCACCAGCCAUUGGGCCACCACCAGGAGAUUCACUUGUAACGCUGUUGCAACGCUAUCCGGUAAUGUGGCAGGGUCUGUUGGCGCUGAAGACGGAUCAGGCGGCGGUUCAAAUGCACUUUGUGCAUGGGAAUCCCAAUGUGGCACGGGCCUCGUUGCCUAGUUUGGCGGAGAGCACAACGCCCCUGCUGCGCAUUGCACAGCGCAUGCGUCUGGAGCAGACGCAACUGGAGGGUGUUGCGAAGAAGAUGCAGGUGGAAUCGGAGCACUGUAUGCUACUUGCGUUGCCUUGUGGUCGCGAUCAUGCGGAUGUGUUGCAGCAUUCGCGUAAUCUGCAAACUGGCUUCAUCACCUAUUUGCAACAAAAGAUGGCCGCAGGCAUUGUGAACAUUCCAGUGCCGGGCAGCGAACAGGCUGCCUAUGUGGUCCACAUUUUCCCAGCCUGCGACUUUGCCAACGAGAAUCUGGAGCGCGCUGCGCCCGAUCUCAAGAAUCGUGUUGCCGAAUUGGCACAUCUAUUGAUUGUAAUUGCCACCGUCUAACCAGGCGGAGGUUUCAACUAGCUCUACACAACCCACAGGAAUAUGACACUUAACAAUUUUGGAUAUAACAAUUUCAGUGCUAACUGAGAGACAACACUACAUGUAAAGUAAACAAAAAUACCAACCAAUAAUACAUCAACUACCAACUACAACAACAACCAACCACAACAACAAGCAAAACAAGUUACGCUCUUCUAGUAUUUUAAGUAAUUUUAAAUAGUGAUUAAACGAAGAAAGAAAGUAAAGUAAAAAAAAAGUUUAAACAAAAGCAAAACAAAAGAAAAACGCAAACAAGUAAAGAAGUUAAAGAAAAGAAGAAAAUGCAAACUUUAUUGAAUUAAAUAAAUGCAAGAAAUGAUUAAGAAAUUGAUCACAUUUGAGGCCAAGCUCAUACAGUUAAAGAUCAAAUGAUUAAUGGCAAACAAAAGCACACACGAUCCAAUGUAAAUCCGUAAUUCUAAAAAUCUAAAACAACCACACGUAAACAGAGUCCCCUAUUCCCCUUUUAAGAUACAUAUGUAAAACGUAAACAAACAAAAAGAAAAAAGCAAAUGCAAACUGAAAAUUAUCUGUCGGAAUUUGGUUUCUGUAAUUAACAUUAUAAUAAUUUACCCAACUUUUUGAAAGCUUGCAAAGUAUCGUUAAGUUUGAUCUCAAGAAAGUUUUUAUUUUUGCUUAAUGUAAAACGAAAAUGAAAGAAAACAAAACAAAAACAAAAGGAAAUGUGAAAGAAAAGCUUAAAAACCUAACUGUUUACUGUACUACUACUACCAUACAUACAUACAUACAAGCAUACAUACAUAUAUACCUACUAUCCCUAAAGAAGAAAGCAAACAAAACACGUUUAAGUUUUUGAUUGGUGAAUAAUCCAACACACUCACAUACACCAACACCACACAUACACAUGUAUACGCAAAUUACUGCUCGCAGUUUACAAAGUUUCAAAACGCUAAUUAAGUAAAGAGCAAAAGAGAAUUUUCGCUAUUAUUUUCAAUUUGUUCCUCGGCUCCAUGUGGCGCGACAUCGUCGCUGCAUUGACCCGAAGAACGCCAUGAGCGCCACCUGUCGCCAACUACUGUGUAUUAAGAAGCACAAUUAGGUUUAAAGAUGCGCCCAGAGGCUUUUUUUCUACAAUUACAAUACAUACAUACAUUAGAAACACAUACAUACACACGCAUACAUACCUACAUAUAAAUUACAUAUUAAACAUCUAUUUAAUUAUGAUAAACAAAUACGUUAAGCCAAAUAUUUUGUAAUCCUUAGAUACAAGUUUUUCGUUACUUUUUCCUACUCCGCAAAUCAACACAAGUCUUUACACUCUUGUUGUUGUCCUUGCGUUGUUUCUCUGUUCAUUUCUUUUACCUGUUUGCUUGACCAUCAAUCACAGUGACUACAACUACAACAACAACACCACCACUGCCACAACACUGAACACGCAACUAUUUCAAGCAGACGGUGUUUUGCAACACUGUUCUUAUUAUUUAACUUGUUUAGUUUUUUUCGAGCAUGAAACUUUGUAAAUUGUGAAUAGCUUGGGAGCGUAUUUAUAUAUGUAAACAAUUAUACACACAUAUUUUAAGCCUGAUGCUGACACAUACACAUACACAAUAUACAGACACUCAAUAUACGAUACCUAUACAUAUAUAUAAAUUAUAAAAAGAAUUAAUGAAAUGAAAUGAAAAACCCUCUGUACACUCCUUAAACUUAAAAACUUAAACGUUUUCACGCCCCACUUGUAAAUGAUGUGACGAAACUGUAAAAUAUUUAAAUUAUUUAGCGUCGAAAUGGAUAAUUCAUGUACAUGUAAAUACAGUUUAAUUAGUGUUUAGCGCGUAUUUAGUUGUAUGUUUUAAAACUAAAACUGUACAUUAUAUAACACGAUAAAGAUAACGAGUAUGAUGAUGAUGUGAGAAGAGUUCUGAAUUAAAAAAAAAAAACAAAAA